AUGAAGGAUGAAUCUUUGGAAGUUUUACAAAUGAAUCUAACACUUGCACAACUGAGUGACUUAGAAGAAAAUGAUAUGGGUUUAAUCCACAGGGCAGUAGACCACAAUGCAUUUAAAAUUUUACAUUUCUUACUCAAUUGGGGUGCUAAUGUAGAUUUGCGUGAUGGUAAAGAACAGACUGCGUUACAUUAUGCUAGUUGUGGUCACGUUGAUUGUGUACGUCCCUUACUAUCAUUUAAUGCAAAUAGUAAACUUAUUAAUACAAUUGAUCAAACGUGUUGGAAUGUUACUGACAAUAAUGAUAUUCGUAUGCUGUUGUCUUUAUGA